UAUUAGUUCAUGGGAAGGGGUAAAAACAUAAUAUAAGUUAUUUACAUUAAUCAGUUUUCCCCUUAUCGUUGGUGAAGAGGAGAACACGGUGUAUAAGUUUCAUUGUCGGAAAAGAAUGGAGGGUACUGGUGGAAUUAUUCAUCAGGAUAACCUUGCGUGAUGCGAAGCUAGAUUCUUCGGACUCAUGAAAAGCUUAAAGCAAAUCAAUUCGUAAUAAGACUGAAUUUUCUUUGGUUUCACGCCGAUUCUUCUGCAAAACCUCAGAGGCGAAACAUCGAACAGAUAGCGUGCAUCACAUACAGCGCACUUCCGAGUUAUGAUAUUACCUUUCGCGAAGCUAGGAACACUUGCUUUGAAAACGAUUUGCAAACCAAUCGCCAAACGUAUCAAGAAAGAGGCUGGCCGUCAUCCUCAGUUCCGCCACGCCAUCAUCAACUUUGCCCAGGCUAAUCAUCGUUUCAGAACAAAGUUGCAAAGACAUAUAUAUGGUCAUGCAAUAGAUGCUGCAAUUCGCCCUUUAAAUGAGGAAAAAGCUGUCCAAGCUGCUGCAGAUCUUCUUGGAGAACUCUUUGUGUUCACUGUUGCAGGAACUGCUGUUAUCUUAGAGGUCCAAAGAAGCUCAAAAUCAGAAGCUAGGAAGGAGGCACUUCGCAGACAAGAAUUAGAGACCCUGAGGCAACGUGAUGAAGAUCUUGCAAAGCAAAUUGAGAUGCUUAAGUACAAACUUGAUGAGAUUGAACAAGUUGCCAAACAACAAGGACUAGUUUUGAAAUUUAGAAAGACUCAUCCCAUUGAAGAUGGAAAAGCAAGUGAAUCUGGGUUACCUAAUUCGCCCCUGAGGCCGGGUACCUCGUACCGGUUCGCUGUGUACCGAAUCGGGGUACGAAGGCGUACCAAAUCGAUCUGGAACGGGAGCGGAAUCGGGAUUGAAGCGUAUCUAUUCGGUCUGGGAACGGGAGCAGAAUCGGGAAUUGUAGUGUACCAAUCGAUGCUUGGCAAAGGGCCGAUCGAUCUUCAAUUCGCUUAUGGUACAAUGAAUUUUGUGAAUCGCUUCAAUUGGGAUGUCGAUUGGGACGCCAAGUCAGUGCCAACCUUCAAUUUGGCGGGAAUUAACGAAACGCUUGGAAAAAGUCGUAAGUCUCCUCGAUCUCCAACCAAAUCGUCUGUACCAAGCUAUCAAAUUUAUGGAUACAAAAUAUAG